AUGAGAGCUCGUAUUCAUUCAGUUGGCGAUCGUUGUUUGGUCAAUAGUGCGUCAUGAAGCUCUUGCCAGUCCUGUUAUUUGUUAGCCUUUCCGUGCUCUGGAGCACAGUGCAGGGAAACGCCGUGCCGGACUCUAACCAGGAUGAUUUUGAAGCCGUGAACGAAGUGGACACUGAUGACGCGUCCGGGGAAAGCGAGCCCAAGCCUUUGGGCGUGGCAUCGAUCAAGGUGCGGCACGUCAGCGAGGAUCCGGAACUCUGCUCCAAGCUCUCCCAGUACCACCCACACCACCCACUGUGCCACAAUUACUGCAAGCGGCAAGGUCACUGGGUGGGUCAGUGCAAGAAGGAGCGGUGCCACUGCUUCAAUAUCUGAAACAUGUACUUUGUGAGAAGAAAAUAUAGAGCUGAAAGUUA